AAAUUGGUCUAAUUGGUGAAGACCCAGUUUGGUGUUUCAUUCGUUCUCAUCUGGGUUUGUCUUAGAUCUUCAAGAUAGCAGAUAGAAAAUGUUGGAUCCAAGCGAUAAAGGAUCAGAGUCCGAGGAGAUGAAUAUCAAAACCCCAGAUGUGGGUUCAUCCGAAGAAGGCCAUAAGAAGACCUGUGCCGACUGCGGAACCUCCAAAACUCCUCUAUGGAGGGGAGGCCCAGCAGGCCCUAAGUCGCUAUGCAAUGCGUGCGGGAUCAGAAGCAGGAAGAAGAGAAGGGCCAUUCUGGGCUUGAACAAAGAAAACCCCAAUGAUAAGAAGGGCAAGAGAAACAAGCAGCUAGGCGAUGGUUUGAAGCAGAGGCUGUUGGCUCUGGGAAGAGAAGUUUUGAUGCAGAGAUCGACGGUGGAGAGGCAGAGGAGGAAGCUCGGGGAAGAAGAACAAGCGGCUGUCCUACUGAUGGCUCUUUCAUAUGGCUCGGUCUAUGCUUAGUCUCUCCAUCAUUAGAAUAAUUAGUAUAAAUAAUAAGAUUAAGAUAUAGUUUUUAGGAGAAUGGCAAUUCUAACCUCUAUUUUUCAGUGUAACUUCCUCCCUCCCCCCUAUCAUCUGUCUCUUUCGUUAGUGAAAUUUACUUUGUUCUUUAUUUUUGGUAGCUGCCCCUUUUGAAGCCUCAUGUACUAAGUACUAAUUUUGGGCUUUUGGAGAGUGAUUGAGCAAGUGUAAGAUUUUGGAGAUCUUGUUCUAUUUUUGCUGACAUAAAAUUCCUACUACUAGUAUUCAUUUU